UGCCUUACUCACGAAAGCAUGGCGGCGGCGUUCAAGAAGGCGGGCAAGUCCCGCCAGCGGGAGCACCGCGAGCGGAGCCAGCCAGCUUUCCGAAAGAAUCUUGGACUCCUUGAAAAGAAGAAGGACUACAAGCUCCGUGCCAAUGACUACCAUAAGAAGCAGAAGGCACUCCAGGCGCUUCGCAGGAAGGCCGAGGAAAAGAACCCGGAUGAAUUCUAUUACAAAAUGACCCAUGUGCAGCUCCAGGAUGGAGUUCACAUAAUUAAACAGCAGGAAGAAGAAACCACGCUGGAGCAGCAGAAGCUGAUGAAGACACAGGACCUGAAAUACAUUGAGAUGAAGCGGGUAGCUGAAGUCAAGAAAAUCGAAAGGCUGAAGUCGGAGCUCCACCUGCUGGAAGCUGAGGGGAAGCAGCCGAACAAGCACACAUUCUUUUUUGACACAAAGAAGGAAGUGCAAAGAUUUGACAUUGCCACCCAUCUGAACACUGCGCCGGAGCUGGUGGGCAGAGUGUACAACCGGCCGACCCUUGAAACUCUGCGGAAGGAAGCCGUUCGGGGGGCCACCACCCAGGCCCAGUUGAAGAAAUUAGCCCGCCAGAGGAAGAGUCAGUACACCCUCCUGAAGCAGCGCAUUGAGAGGGAGCGGAAGAUGUUUGUCAUCGCUCAGAAGCUCCAGACCCGGAAGGACCUUUUGGACAAAGCCCACAAAGUGAAGCUGAAGAAAGAGACCGUAAACCAGCCAGCUAUUUACAAAUUCCAGUUCAGGCGGAAGCGCUGACCGCCAUGUGCUGUGGUGGGUAUGAUGAAGGACAUCUUAUUCCACGAUAACUUAGAGGAGGUCUCCCCCCCCCCAGUGGCCUUUCUUGGUGGAGCCGUCUCAUUGCACAAAUUCAUUUUAUUAUUUUCAGAAUAAAUGUUGUCUUGUAUACCUUCUUUUCAAACAAA